UUGAAAUUGGCGCCCGAGCAGACGACCACCUGCGCGCACUCCCUUGGCAGCGACGUCGUCAGUCUGUCAAUACUCUCGUGCUGAGGUCGCAAUGGCCGAGUUCCCGUCGUGCUAUUUUGUGAAGUGUUGCCUCUAAAAGCGACGGUUGUGAGCAUGCUAUGGGAGCAUGCUACUCUAAGAAGGCCGCCAAAGCUGCUUUAAAGAAACGCCGGAUGGACCGACCAGCCAAA